GACCACCACGCCCAAACCUGAAGCUGCUCACUGCUGCAUCAUGUUGCCAACGUCCGUAAGCCUGCCUCACUAGAGACCUACCCGGUAUAUAGUUCCUGCGCCGAACUACCUUCGACAUUAGCCCCCAAGCGAAUACCACUCUGGCCAACGGCCGAGCGGACCGACAUAUCUCCCACAGUUCGAGCACAGACGACAAUACAAGAGCUUGGUGAGGGUGUCAGGAGGACGUGCAGUUCAAGUUAGGCUGGAGUUCCCGCCUCCACACAAUCACAACUGCAGCUUCCAAGGGUAUAGGAGACCACUACUAUCAGUAGUGAAUACAGAUUUGCUGUGCAGCACUCAACAAUUGGCACGUCAAACCCCACUUCUCCAUCACCUUGUAAUCAUGCUCGAUCAGAACGUGGUCCGCAGAGAGAGAACGAGCACAACCAGAGUGCUUCAAGCGCUUCCCGUUGUCCGCGCGUCUUGCUCGGUCAAGGGCGGUGGCUAUCGGAAAUCCCUAGCUUCAAUACUAAUGUGUUUUAAUGUCUGAGGCCAACCACCCCCGUCUUACAGUAUGUGGAGCCACCAGGUACCCCGUUGGACCCUCUUGGUGACCCUGAUCGACUGAGGACCACGCAGGCCGUGGGACCACUUUUGUAUUUGUAGAGUCCAGACAAGCUGUCGCCCACAGCAAGACAAACCGACACAACACCGGUUUUUCGGGAUGUUGGCCCCAGUCCACGCAAAUUACACGCUUCGCGCGGAAGAGCAGAAUACAAUGAACUGGUCACCAAAGUGGGCGCACCUUGUUCUGAGACCAUUACUCUUGGGACGGGAUGGGAUCGCCAACAAUGGCCAUAAUCAGCCCUUGCGGCAACGUUGCUAUGUCAAGGGGAUGCAAGGACUCAUGUGAGGGCGACGGCGGGUGAAUCUUUAUCGUCUAUCGACUCUCUAGGAAUAUACGACCUCCCCCGCGGAGGCCCAAUCCAAAAUUCCCGACAACAACAACAAAUGGCGCCGGCGAUGUUCUUGAGCCCGGCCGAAUGGGUGCUCGAAAGCGACAUCCUCGAGUCGGCCACGAACCUCUCGCGGCUACCGGCUGGAAAUGCGGUGGAAGCGGAGGUGAUUGAGCAAUUGGCUGCGGUAACGGCGGCGCGGGAUGCCAGCAAACUCGGUGUUGAGAUUGAGGUCGCAUCUGCAAGCAGCAUCUCCAGCCAACUAAUGUCAGACGAGGUUGGCGACACCGAGACUCCCGAGGAUGCCAUAUCGUUCUCGGAUGACACACCCUGCGAGAAAGACGUGGAUGGCGUUUCAGCGGAAAUCGGCGCGGAGCGGUUUUGGCGCGAAUUCCUCCGUGAACCCCCACCGGCCGGCUUCCCUUCUGGUUCCACCCACGUGUCCGCCGCAAACAGGGAGCUGGGCGUUGCUCGGCAGGUUCAACUGCAAGCAUCGGGCGAGGGCCCCAGGCUGCAAGACAUUGAGACCAUCGCCUGUGCUGCCUGGGCCCUACUGCUGGCUCGCUACACCGCGCUGGCCUCGGAGGUGAUUUGGGGCUUUGGCAGCAACGCUCGUUUGCCUCUACAACACCAAAUCCGGCCCACACUCCCACUUCGCAUCUCUGUGCCUUCCAAUAUCUCGGUGUCCGAUUACCUGCAGAACGUGGAACAGCUUCAGGUAUCAGUGCUACAGAAUGGAAACAUCGGCGAGCAGGCGAUCGCACGUCUCAGCGAGGAUGCUCUCGCAGCAUGCGGAUAUCAGACUUCAAUUCUAUUCUCUCCUUUCGCAGACACUCUCCCCAACGACCAUAAUGUCUGGAAAUCCCGGGCCCUCGUCUUCACUGUUACCGAUGUUGCAGAGAAUUCUUGUCGAGUCUCGGCGAGAUUCGACGAGGAGAGUCUUUCCCUCCCACAAGUCGACCGAAUCGUGGCCCAGCUUGGACAUGUCAUGCGCACGCUCAGCUCCAAGUCAAAUCAGGAUCUUCAACUUUCCCAACUUGAGCUUUGCUCUGCCGAGGACAUGGCCCAGAUAGCGGCUUGGAAUCCUGUUGUGCCUUCGGUUCACAAUGCACUUCUCCAUGAUAUGGUACGGAAAACUUCUGAUCGCCUUGGUGACCAACUCGCCAUUGAGGCCUGGGACGGCGUCAUGUCUUUCAACCAGCUACAGUCAGCUUCUGACAAACUCGCUCAUUACUUGGGAACUCGUGGGAUCGGUGCCGGUUCACGUAUCCCCCUAGCAUUCAGCCGUUCUCUUCUCGUUCCAAUUGUUCAACUCGCCGUGCUUAAGGCCGGCGCUGCCUACAUCGGCAUUGAUCCUUCCCACCCAGUCACUCGUUUACAGAAGAUAUUUCAUGCCGCGGAGGUGUCCACGGUCAUUGCGUCCCCAGAGUGGACUUCAAAAUUCACACCAUGUGUCGAAAACGUCCUAGAAAUAUCUCAUUCGCUCUUGAAAUCUCUUCCCGAGGUCACCCCCACGCGACUACCCUCCGUCAGUCCUGAAGACACGGCAGUGAUCAUCUUCACUUCAGGAUCGACGGGAACCCCGAAAGGCAUUAUCAUGCGCCACCGCGACUUUGCAUCUGCCAUUAUCGCCCAUUCAGCAAGUAUGCAGAUCCCAGAGCGCUCGAGGGUCUUGCAAUUUUCAUCCUAUACGUUUGACCACUCCAUGUACGAGAUUCUUACCACACUAAUCGGUGCGGGCAUCGUUUGCAUUCCUUCUGAGGAGCAGCGAAUGAACAAUAUUACUGGAGUUAUGCAAGAGAUGAAGAUCAACUUCAUCUAUGCCACCCCGACAGUGGCACAACUGCUCAAACCUGGCGAUCUACCUGACCUCGAGACUCUGUACCUCGGAGGCGAGGCGAUCCCUCAGUCUCUCUUGGAUGAAUGGCUUCCUCUGAAGCGUGUCAUUGCUGGUUACGGUCCCACUGAAGCCGGAAUGUGUGGCUAUGGCCAGUUUGCCCCGGGCGAUGCCCCUAACACACUCCACACCGCCCAAGGUGGACUUAUGUGGGUGGUGGAUCCGAACAAUUACAACCAGCUCGCGCCCGUGGGGACAGUCGGCGAGCUUCUCGCUGAAGGUCCCAUGGUGGCGUCUGGGUACCUCAAUGACCCGAAAAAGACUGCUGAGACGUUUGUGGCAACACCUGCAUGGCGCUCGCUUUUCCCAGCAGCUUCGGAUCCUGCCGCCCAGAAAUACUACUUGACGGGCGACUAUGCACAAUACAACCUGGAUGGAACAUACAAGUUCAUUGGUCGCAUUGACACUCAGGUCAAGGUUCGCGGCCAACGAAUCGAGCUCGGGGAUAUCGAAGAUCAGCUCAGAUCCUGCCUGCCACCCGAUACCGCCUUUUGUGCGGAGGUUGUCAACCUUGCAGAUGGGGGAAACACACCAAACAUUGCCGCCUUCAUUUCACUGGCCACCUCAUCCACUGUGUCCUCGCAUGGAGACGUCUUGGCCACCUCGGCGGCAGAUGUGGAGCGGUUUGAGGCCCUCGUAGCUGGUUUGGAGGAUAGGUUGGCCGAAAACCUCCCGCCCUACAUGAUUCCAAAUAUUCUCAUCCCGCUCCGCACCGAGCUCCCUCUGACAGCGUCUGGCAAGCUCGACCGCAAACGCCUUCGAGGCUUCGCGUCCCGCCUUACCACUAGGGAUCUCAAUGCUACCAGGCGCCAUGUCACUGCAAGGCCAAUCACCACCCCUGCCGAACAAAAACUCCGGGAUUUAUGGGCAACUGUGCUCAAGCUGGAUGAUAUCGAGACAAUCGACGCAAGUUCCCACUUUUUCCGUAUGGGAGGUGACUCCAUUUCCGCCAUGCGGCUGGCGGUCCUCGGCCGUCAGGCCAACAUCUCCCUGAACGUCUCCGAUAUUCUAAGCCAUCCGACUCUCUUUGAUAUGGCUCGUGCCUGCCGCGCCAUGGAAGGCGUCGAGAACGACGAAUUCGUGCCUUUUGCCCUCCUCGGCUCCGAGGCCGAGAGCGCGCGAGACAUUGCCGCAGCCAAAUGCGGCAUUGAUGCUGCCAAUAUUGAAGAUAUUCUUCCAUGCACGCCGCUUCAGGAAGGGCUGUUCGCUCUUUCAAUUCGCCAUCAAGGUACGUACGUUUUACAAAAGGCUUACCCGCUUCUAGGCACGAUCGAUAUCGACCGCUUCACCAAGGCAUGGAAUGAAGUGGCUCUCCACACCGCCAGUUGCCUGCGGACCCGCAUAUUUGAAAGCGCUCAACUUCAAAUGCUGCAGGUUAUCGUGGAAGAGGACCUGGAAUGGCGCCACGUCAAUAUUGGCCUCAACGAAUACCUACAACAAGAUUUUGAGGUAUCGAUGGGUCUAAACGAUCGCCUUGCGCGGUUCGCCAUUGUCCAGGACCCAGAAAAGGGGCCCGUCUUUGUGCUGACAAUCCACCAUGCGAUCCAUGACGCCUGGUCCCUCGAUCUCCUGCUUGAUGAAGUUGCCCGCGUCUAUGCUGGCUCUCGACCCCGGCCAGGAGUCAGUUUCUCCGGCUUCCUACAUCACAUCUCCCUUGAUCAUGACUUCAUCAAGAGUGAGUGGUCGAGAGAGCUUGACUCGUCCCCCAUCACCGACUUCCCAAGCGUGCCGAUCGGGCAUAUGGCCAAUCCCAAGGGAUUUCUAACUCUAACCUUUGAGCUUCCACGAGCCCAGUGCAGCCUCAGCAGCUUAAGCUACCCGGACGCCAUUAAAGCACGCGCCGCGUGGGCAUUGGUGCUCUCCAGCUAUGCUGGCUCUGAGGAUGUUGUGUUUGCCUCCGUCAGCAAUGGCCGAGGAGCUCCUGUUUCCGGAAUUGACAAAUUGAUCGCUCCAACGCUUGCCACUGUGCCUGCGCGAGUCAAAAUCCCAAAGGAGAAAGACUUGAGGGCACUCUUCGACGACAUUCAGGUGCAGACUGCCAAGUUGAUCCGCAUCGAACAAUAUGGUAUGCAAAACAUCCAACGACUUGGUGAAGGUGCACGUGCGGCUUGUGCGGUUCAAAACCUGUUCAUGGUGGAACUUGAGCGUGAAAACGGCGAGCGUGGUGAUCUUCAUUUCCAAGAGCUUCAAGCACACAAUGGCACUGCCUUUCACACUUUCGCUUUCGGUAUCCGAUGCGGUAUUGCUGGCUCCGCCUUCACUCUCUCCGCAAACUGGGACGAGGAUUUGCUGAGUGCAGAGUUCGUCCAACGACUUCUGCAUCAACUGCAUUAUGUCAUGACGCGAGUCUUCACCGAGGAUAUCGCGAUACCCAUCAAGCAGAUCCGUUCUCUUUCUCCGGAGGACAUUGCUACCAUCGCUCGAUGGAACUCGUCACCACCCCGCAGGGAAGAAAGGUGUCUGCACCAACUCUUCCAUGAAACGGCCCUGAAAUACCCGCAACUCACCGCAGUCACUGCUUGGGACGGCCAGGUCAACUACGAGCAAUUGGACCAGUUUUCGACGAGACUUGCUGCAUCCAUCCUCAACCUCCGCGAUGAUUUUGCCCCAGGCGACUUAGUCGUUCUCUGUUUUGAGAAGUCAGUAUGGACAAUUGUCUCGCUGCUUGCGGUCAUGAAAGCAGGCGGGGCCACUCUCCUGCUGGACCCCACCAUUCCUGAGCAUCGCGCUGCCAGUAUCUUGCAACAAGCGUCACCACGACUCGUCCUGAGCUCUCCUCAGCAAUGUGAUCGUUUUGACGCCGACGAGGCUUUUAACCUGGAAGUCAUUGAUAUUGGGCUCAUCGCAACACUGGACGACGCCUCCUAUCUGGAUCUGCCUGUUACCUCGCCGAACAAAACCGCCUUCCUCACCUUCACAUCCGGCAGCACCGGUGAACCCAAAGGUGUCGUCAUUUCCCAUCGUGCUGCUUGCUCGAGCAUUCUGGCGAUGUGCGAAGUACUGGACAUGAAUGAAAACUCGCGACUGAUCCAGUUUGCUUCCUUCGCCUUCGACGCCUUCUACGGAGAGCUCUUUGCCGCACUCCUGAGUGGCGCUCGACUCUGUGUCAUCACCGACGACGACCGCAGUAACCGCCUCUCCCAGUUUAUUCAAGACGAGCAAGUCAAUUGUGCCUUCCUUACACCUACGGUGGGCGCGCAGCUCAAUCCCGAUGAUCUGCCCUCAAUCAAACUGAUGGCUAUGGGCGGUGAGAGAAUGACCCAUGAUUGUGUUCGUGUUUGGGCAUCACGAAUCAACCUUGUUAAUGUCUACGGGCCAAGUGAGACGACUAUCAUGUGUUCAGCCAACCCUAAGUUCACCAGCACCCAAAGCUUAGGCAACGUUGGUCGAGCAGUUGGAUCCCGACUGUGGAUCACGGACAAGGAAGACCCUGACUCCUUGGCUCCCGUGGGAGUCAUUGGGGAAGUUCUCGCAGAAGGCCCUACCCUCGCCACUGGCUACCUUAACAAGCCCACCCUCACUGCAGAGGUGUUUAUCCACAACCCCAUAUGGUCAGUUUCCGGGCCCCUUUCGGAUCUCUUUGAUGGCCUUGAUCGACGUUUCUAUCGAACAGGCGAUCUUGCACGGUACAACCCGGAUGGAUCUUUCGAAAUCAUGGGCAGAGCCGAUACCCAACUGAAGAUCCGUGGACAGAGAGUUGAGACAGGAGAAGUUGAAACUCAACUACGAAAGCAUCUGCCACAACUUGAGCUUGCUGUUGAAGGCAUCAAGGGCAGUGCCACCGACAACGACAUCCUUCUCGUGGCAUUUAUUGCCCGGCCUCUCACCGAAAAUGUGCCCGCUCCUGUUCCAGCGAUAGCAAACACGGACGAGGACAAGGCGUGGCUGAUGUCGCAGAUCGAAGGCCUCGAGAACCAGCUGUCCAUGUCCUUGCCCUCGUACAUGAUUCCCAGCGUCUUUCUUCCUGUCACGCAACUGCCAUAUACCGGUACUUCCAAAACUGACCGGAAGAAGUUGCGACAGAUGGCUGCGGAGCUGUCGAUCGAAGAACUGCUUGCGUUCCACCGCAAGGAGGCCAACAGAAGAGCACCAAGCACCCGGGCAGAACAGCAGCUGCACGAUCUCUGGGCCGCGGUCCUGAAUAUUCCUGCUCAGGAGAUUUCAGCUGAUGAUAGUUUCUUCCGCAUUGGUGGUGAUAGUAUCGUGGCUAUGAAACUCGUCGCCGCAGCCGGUGAAGCAGGCUUCAGACUCAAGGUCCAGGACAUCUUUCAGAACCCGGUGCUCGCUGACAUGGCCAAGGUCGUGGAAGCCGGAUUUGAUACACAAGACUCGAAUUUGUUGCCAUUUGAGCUCGUCCCAGCGGUUAAUCUGUCUGUGGAGGCAGCAAUCGAACAAGCCGCAUCAACCUGUGAGGUCGAUCGAGCUGACAUCGAAGAUAUCUAUCCGGCAACGCCCCUACAGAAUGCUCUCAUGGCGCUAUCAGCAAAGAACCCAGGCACAUAUCUUGGACAGAUGACCAUGACACUAGCUACUGGCAUUGAACGUGAUCGAUGGUGUACGGCGUGGGAUGUGGUGUGUAAACGGUCCCCAAUCUUGCGGACACGCUUCUUCUACACCAACUCGGGACGCUUGAUGCAGGCGGUACUCAAGUACUCCCCCAAGUGGCAGACCAGCUCCAACCUACACGACUACUUACAAAGAGACAAGACGAACCCGGUAACCGUGGGCAGCCCCCUUUGCCGGUAUGCCCUCAUUGACGAUGAAAUUGGUAAUCAACCCACGUAUUUUGUGCUGACUCUGCAUCGGUCUGCGUAUGAUGCAUGGUCCCUACUCCGACUAUUCGAGGACGUUGAAAAGGUGUAUUUGGGCGAAGAGCUUGGCACUGAUACGGUGGUGGGCUUCAACUCCUUUUCCAGCCUCUUCCUUCGCAUGGACGAAGGGUCAUGUGUAUCCUUCUGGAAAGAGCAAAUGACGGAUGCACCAAUCAUGUCAUAUCCCCGCCUACCCUCACUAUCCUACCAGCCCGCUGCCAGUGCCCACCAUCGAUCCACGAUCAGAACAGGCCGGAACGUCUCUGACUACACCGACGCAACCAUCAUCCGGGCCGCAUGGGCUCUUCUCCUUGCCAGAUACUCCGACGACACCAACGACGUCGUCUUUGGAGCAAGCCUAAACGGUAGGUCGGCAGAUAUCCCUGGAAUCACGUCCAUUAUCGGGCCUACCACCGCGGUUGUUCCCGUCCGCGUCAAGAUGGACAAGGAUAAUCAGACAGUGGACGAUCUACUCGCCGCUAUCCAGAGACAGGCGACUGAGAUGAUGGAUUUCGAGCAAUACGGCGUCUACAACGUCAGUCGUCUGUCUCCCCAAAUCAAGCAGGCAUGCGACUUCCAGACACUUUUGAUGAUCCAGCCAGAAUCCGAGUCGACCACCGCAGCUACAGCUGGAGCACUCGGCUUGCAGUUGGUGGACGAAGAUGUUGGGCCCUUCCACACCUUUGCAAUCAGUGUAGAAGCUGUUGUUGGCAGGGAAACUAUCGGUCUGACGGUCGAAUAUGAUCCCAAAAUCUUCCAGCCCAUUGAAGUGCAGCGAUUGUCGGCCCAGUUAGAGCAACUGUUGCUUCACCUACACGAGCCACAGGUGCUACAAAGUAAGAUUGCCAACUUGAACUUCAUCAGUCCCUUGGAUGCCGCACAGCUUAAAGUGUGGAAUCCUCAACCACCACCGCUGCAAACCACAUGUGUCCAUGCACUCUUCGAGGAAAGCGUCAAACAGCAUCCGAGCAACCCUGCUGUUCGCUCUUGGGAAGGUGAACUGAGUUACCGUGAAGUGGACAACCUAGCUGCCGCCCUGGCAGUCCAAUUGCGACAAAGGGGUGUCCGGCCAGGUCUUCUCGUGCCUUUGGUUUUCGAAAAGUCAAUCUACACCAUCGUUACCAUGAUUGGUGUUCUCAAAGCUGGGGGCGCUUGUGUGGCUCUCGACCCUGCUCACCCGCUGGAAAGGCUUCGUGGGUUGGUUGCUGAUGUGCAGGGAGACCUAGUGAUUUCCAGUGGCAAGUGGGCCGAUAAGGCAUCGUCUCUAUCCCAUAACCUUCUUGUUGUCGAUGAUCAUCUGAUCGCCACUCUGCGCGUUGAGCAAGCGGCCGAUACCUCCAGGCCGUCAGGAGCCAACCCCACUGCUCUUGACACGGCCUUCAUCUUGUUCACAUCUGGCAGCACUGGAAAGCCGAAGGCAAUCAACAUUACUCAUUCAUCGUUCUCUAGCAGUAUCCGCGGUCAUGCAGAGGUCCUCCGCUACGGUGGCCCAGGUUCCAAUAAUCUCCAAUUCACAGCAUACACAUCCGACGUUAGUAUCGGUGAGAUAUUUACUUCCUUGGCCGUCGGAGCUUGCGUCUGUGUCCCAUCGGAUUCUGAAAGGAUGAACGGACUUUCUGCCGCCAUGGAACGUAUGGGUGUCAACUGGGCCUUCCUCACUCCAAGUGUGGCUUCUUUGUUGAAUCCGGCAGAAGUUCCGACGCUCAAGACCCUGCUCUUCGGUGGUGAAACAGCCACUCCACACAACGUGUCAACAUGGGCUCCUCAGGUCUACCUGAUCAACAGUUUCGGUCCAGCAGAAUGUUCUAUCUGGACACAUUGCGAGCCUGGCAUCGAUGCCCAUGCAUCAGGACACAACAUCGGCUUCGGCAUCGGUUGCAACACAUGGAUAGUUGAUCCGGACGACCACAACAAGCUGGCCCCGAUAGGAACGAUCGGAGAGCUGAUUGUCGAAGGUCCUAACGUCGCUGAUGGUUAUUUGAACAAUCCCGAGAAAACGCAAGCGGCGUUCAUUUCCGCUCCUUCGUGGUUGCCCAAGGACCGGCCGACUGGGAAGCUCUACAAAAUGGGCGAUCUUGUCCGUUAUCUGCCCGAUGGCAAAGUGCACUACGCCGGUCGACGAGACACACAAGUGAAGCUCAGAGGCCAGCGAAUUGAGAUGGGAGAGAUCGAGCACCAGCUUCGAUUAUCUAUGCCUAAUGUCACCGAAGUCGCCGUGGAAAUGGUGCGACCUUCCGAGGGCACUGCACCUCCGAUGCUAGUUGCAUUCCUUGGAGUUCUCCCCACUGAACAAUGUGGUAAAGCUACAAGUGACACCCUCCCCGAAAUUGUCACGUCAGAUCAUGACCGACAGCUCUACAACAAUGCCAUGGAGGGCAUCUAUGAGAAGCUAGAGAAUGUCCUCCCUAGGCAUAUGAUUCCAUCAGCAUAUCUCCCGCUUCGCCUGAUGCCAUUCACAGCUUCGGCAAAGACCGACCGAGGCAAGUUGCAGAAACUUGCGCGCAGCAUGUCGGUUGAAGAGUUGUCCAAGUACUCGUCGGCUUCCAGCCAACUAGUAUCCGCCCCGACCACGGAUAUGGAGAGGACUCUUCAGACAGUCUGGGCUCAAUUGCUCAACAUCGACUCCGCUACUUUUGGACGAGAAAAUGACUUCUUCCGUCUAGGAGGGGAUUCCAUCACGGCAAUGCGCCUGGUCGCGAUGCUUCGACAAAACAAGCUCGAACUGUCAGUCGAUACUGUUUUCAAGAAUUCUGUGCUUGCAGACAUGGCUCUGGCCGCCAAGCCGCUUCAGCAAGACAGCGAUGAAGUACUUAGGUUCGAGCUCGUGGACGACGUUUCAUCUCUGCGUAAAGAAGCAGCAAAGGCGUGCAAGGUUGAUGAUGAUCAAAUCGAGGAUCUUUAUCCCGCUACUGCUCUCCAAGAAGGCUUACUCGCCCUCUCCCAGAAGGAGCAAAGCUCCUACAUGGCCCAGUUUGCCUUCCAGAUCCCUGACCAUAUUGACAUGAACCGUCUUCGUGCCGCUUGGGAGAUGACAUAUCAACAAGUGCCAAUUUUGCGUACUCGUCUCUUCCCGAGUCAAAGUCAGGGCAUGAUGCAGGCGGUUGUGAAAACCAAGCUCCUGUGGAGAGAGGACCGGGACAAGGCUAAAUACCUCGCAGAUGAUCGGGCGUUGGGAAUGACCACGGGCCAGCCAUUAUCACGAUUUGCCAUCGUCGAGGGACGAAUUCUGGUGUUUUCUGCACAUCACGCUGUGUACGAUGGCUGGUCAGUGCAACCAAUCUAUCGGAGAGUGGAAGAGAUUUAUCAUGGUCUGGCAACAAAGCAGCCGGUAUAUUUCAACCGAUUCAUCAAAUACCUUCAGUCGAUCGACCGCAAUGCAGUGGAGGAGUUUUGGCGGAAGCAGCUUCAAGGGUCGCCUCCCGCGGUAUUCCCUCCCCAGACUCCAGGAGCCGAGUUCCAAGAGGCGGUCUUGAGCAUCCAAGUCAACUUUAACAAGCGUGAGGGGACUGGAGUGACCGGGGCGACCCUCGUGCGCACUGCUCUAGCUCUCGUUCUGGGCCAGUACUCCGACCUUGACGACGUCGUUUACGGCUGUACCCAGUCUGGACGUGCCGCUCCUCUCCCAGAGAUUGCGGAGAUCGCAGGACCCACGCUGGCAACAACUCCAGUCCGCGUUUCCUUUGCCCAGGAUAUGAAGAUUGCGCAGCUCCUACAGCAGGUCCAACAACAGUCAUUCGAUAUCAUCCCUUACGAGCAUACGGGAUUGCAGAAUAUCCAAAAGGUCUCUGAGGAUGCCAAGAUCGCUUGCAGCUUCAAGGCGUUGCUGGUCAUUCAGAAUCCCGAGGACGACUUCAACAAGUCUCACGCCACUUUCCUUGGUUGUCCGACCGCCAACAAGGACUUCUUCAAGCCAUUCCACACCUACCCCUUUGUGCUUCAGUGCACUUUCAACCCCCAAGGAUAUCUCCUGGAUCUCAACCAUGACAGCGCAGCGCUUCCCCCUGCGCAAGCCCGGAGACUCCUUGAGCACUUUGUACACUUGGUUGAACAGCUGGACGUUCCAGAUGAGGACCGUCUCGUACGAGACCUCGAUCUAACGGUUCCUGGCGACUUGUCUGACAUUGCCCGGUUCAAUGGUGAUAUGGUCGAGCCAGUCGAUAAGUGCCUCCAUGAGCUCUUCCAAUCAGUGGCAGUGACCCAGCCGAAUGCACCUGCAAUCACAGCAUGGGAUGGUGACCUUACUUAUGACCAACUCGAUGAAUUGUCGUCCAAGCUUGCAAGUGAGCUCAUUGCGGAGGGUGUGACGACUGGCAGUAUCGUUCCUAUAUGCAUGGAGAAGUCAAUCUGGGCUGUGGUCUCGAUGAUUGCCAUUCUGAAGGCAGGAGCCGCUUACUGUCCUCUGGACAGCAAGCAUCCUGCUGAACGUCUCCGCGAAUGCAUCGGAGAUACUGAAGCAAUCAUGGUUCUUGGGUCGCCCGCAACUGUCGGCCUUUUUGCUGACUUUGCCUGCAAGACGGUCAGCGUUUCUUCGAGCUUUGUCCACAGCCUCCCCACACGGGAAAAUGGCCUGGAUUCAGUCAUGGUCACACCGGACCACACGGCAUACUGCUUUUUCACGUCAGGAAGUUCCGGAAAACCAAAAGGCGUCUUGACUUCGCACCGCGCCAUCUCCACCAGCAUCAGCCAACACGGCGCCUUUGGCUUUCAGAAAUCCUCCCGUGCUUUGCAAUUCUCUGCUUAUACCUUCGACAUCAGCAUUGUCGAGAUCUUUUCGACGUUGGCAAACGGCGGUUGUAUCUGCACACCAUCAGAAAGCCAACGUCUGGACACACUGGUGGAGGCCAUGAAUGAGAUGGCCGUAACCAUUGCAAUCUUGACGCCCUCCUUUGCCAAGGCGGUCAAACCAACCGAUGUUCCACAUCUCAAAAUGCUGGUUCUUGGUGCCGAACCCAUUAGGAAAGAUCUAAUCGAGGAAUGGGCUGGCAAAGUCCAUCUUUUGAACGCCUACGGCGUCACGGAGGCCGCCGUUUGCAACAUGGUCACUGAAGUCGACUCCCCAGACUUCUCACCACACACCAUCGGAAAGGCUUUGGGCAGUGUGAGUUGGAUCGUGAACCCCAACAACCAUAACCGUCUCGUUCCGGUUGGCAUUACUGGAGAACUGGCAAUUGAAGGGCCGAUUCUGGCGUCCGGAUACCUGAAAGACCCAGCCAAGACGGCCGCGGCAUUCAUCGAGAAUCCUACUUUCUUGGACUCGUUCCACCGACAGAAACCCAGCCGUAUCUACUUGACUGGAGACUUGGUCAAAUACAAGUCUACCGGACUUAUCGACUUCAUUGGCCGCAAAGACACUCAAAUCAAGCUUCGGGGUCUGCGAAUCGAACUGGGCGAGAUUGAAUACCAGGUGCGCGUCGCACUUGGUCCCCAGCCGGAUAUUGCGGCUGAAGUGGUGACCCCUGGGGGCCGCCUUGAUCAACCAACAAUUGCGCUAUUUCUCCGGUACCCGCCUACCAACAAGGAAGAUCCAAACACGAAUGAUGGGCUAUUGGUGAGCGAAGUGUCGACUCAGUUGCAGAACCACAUCGCGACCCUGUACGACGAUCUCCAGAAGACACUUCCUUCAUACAUGAUUCCAACCAUUUGCUUCUUCUUGGCCACGAUGCCCAUGUUGAGCUCUGGCAAGAUUGACCGCAAGAUUCUGAAGAAACUUGCGAUCGACCAUGACUUCCAUCUCUCCAUCAAAGACUCGUCGGUCGGCCACAAGCUGGUGCCACCUACCACUGAAGCUGAGUUCAGACUUCAAGCCUUGUGGGCUUCCACCCUAUCGGUGGAAGCCGACCUUAUUGGCAAAAACAGCUCCUUCUUCCGACUUGGUGGUGAUUCGCUUACUGCGGUGAAACUUGUUUCGGCUGCACGAGCAGAGAACAUCGGGUUGACCGUCGCCAAGAUCUUUGACAACCCGACGCUGGAGGAGAUGGCUUCAGCUGCCACCAAGACCGCGUUCGGAGCCGUGGUCCGCUCACCUCCUGCUUUCUCACUAGUUAAGAGCGAAGACAUCAGCGUGCUGCUGCAGGAAGUCGCACAACAAGCCAACCUCGCCAUUCACGAGAUAGAAGACGUCUAUCCAACAACCCCACUGCAAGAGGGUAUGAUGGUGGCAUCAUUGCAGGACGUCGGCACUUACAACGCCCACUUCGUCUACGGCCUGGCCGGGUCAGUUGACAUGGCCAAGUUCCGGCUCGCUUGGCUAGACGCUAUAUCCAGGUGCCAGACGAUGAGAACCAGGAUUGUUCACACCGAUUCUGCCGGAUUCUUGCAAGUGGUCGCCAAGGCUCCCCUCGAAAUCAAGCGCAUCCCUGGGACGGAUGUGGAAGCCUACAAAAGAAGCGUGGAAGUCAUGGGUCUCGGAAAAGCUCUCUAUGCAAUGGCGAUCCUUGGAGAGGAGCAAGAGGGUGAGGACGCUGUUCGAUAUCUGGUCCUCACCAUGCAUCAUGCUGGAUACGACGGUUGGAGCGUCACCAACAUCUGGCGCGCCGUGCAAGAGGCCUACUUUGACAUGCCCCAGUCGCCGAUUCUUGGUGUCAACCAUCUGAUCAGAUAUCUUGGAGAGCAGACCGAAGAGGCGAACCUAGAGUUCUGGCGAAAUUACCUCGAUGGCUCCAAACCACCGGCCUUCCCGCCAUUGCCUCAGGUUGGUUAUCGGUCGGUGGCGGACUCGGAGCUCACGACCAACAUCAAGUUUGUCAAAACAGCCAACUCGGACACAACCACCGCUACACUACUCCAGGCUGCCUGGGGUCUGCUGAUGAGUCUCCACGAGGGCUCGCAAGACGUGACGUUCGGCGUCGUGGUCAGUGGACGCACUACACCCGUUGCCGGUAUCGAGAACAUGAUCGGCUCCGCCAUUGCCAACUUCCCAUUCCGCGUCCAGCAUGAUCCAGCCGCAACUGUGUCCGAGUACCUGAACAGUAUCAAAACAAACUCGACCGACAUCAUUCCAUACAUGCAGUUCGGAUUCCAGAACAUCCGCAAGGCAAGUCCUGACGCCAAAGCGGCCUCUGCUCUCCGGACUCUGUUGGUCUUCCAGGCUGGUGGCGCCUCGUCGCUUGAUAUGACUAUUGAGCGCAUGGGUAUCACCCCUCAACCUGUCAAGGUCGCUGGCCUAUACACCUUCCCCAUCACCGCGUCGUGUACUUUGGAGGAUGACGAGAUCUCGGUCAAUGUAUCCUACGACUCUGAACUGCUGAGCCACGACCUUAUUAUCAGACUGAUGAAACAGUUCGAGUACAUCAUCGGACAGUUGGCCACCUCGCCCAACACUAAGCUUCAAGACCUACAGCUCGUUGGUCCUGCAGACAUGUCUCAGAUUCAAACUUGGCAUGCUCAGGAUAAGGUCUCUCCAAAUGAAACCACAAUCCAUCAGAUGUUCCGCAAACAGGCCGCUGCCACUCCUGACGCGCCGGCUGUCGAAUCAUGGGACGGCAAGUUGACAUACGGAGAGCUUGACGAGCUUUCCGAUCGCCUGGGUCAAGUUCUUAUGGAACGUGGCGUCGGGCCCGAAGUUUUCGUGGCUUUCUGCUUCGACAAAUCCAUCUGGGCGGUGGUCUCCAUCCUCGCAAUCUGGAAAGCAGGCGGCGUAUGGGCACCACUCAACUCUGCGCAUCCCAAGAGUCGUCUUCAUUCUCUUAUCCAACGUCUUUCGGCACCUCUUGUUCUCGUGGCUCCUCACCUCAAAGCUUUGUUCGCGGACUCCGCGGCUGAGACUGUGGUUGUUUCUCCUGAGAUGGUACGUAGUCUGCCUGCCGCCUCUCCGCAAUUGAAACAGGUCCACGUGGAGUCAACCGGUGCAGCUUACAUUAUGUUUACUUCUGGCUCAACCGGAGAGCCCAAGGGAGUUGUUGUUGAGCACCGAAACGCAGCCUCCGGUCUGCCCGCUCAAGCCGCCGUGCAAGGAAAGAACUCGACUUCUCGAUACUUGCAGUUUGCUUCCUUCACCUGGGAUUUCUGUGUCGGCGAAAUGUUUGCCAACCUGCUUCAUGGUGCCUGCAUUUGUAUGCCUAGUGAACAUGACCGACUCAACAAUCUCGCAGGUGCCAUCAAAGCCAUGGGCAUCAAUCAAGCGUCCCUGACUCCUACCGUCGCCAAGCUCUUGCACCCGUCUGAUACGCCUCUGAAGACUCUGUCUUUAGGUGGAGAGGCCCUGACCCGAGAAUUGGUGAACAUGUGGGCUGAACACACGGAUCUGAUCAAUGUCUACGGCCCCACAGAAUGCACUGUGUGGUGUGCUGGGCGCAAUGGCCUCAAGCCUGAUGAUUCACCAGCCAAUAUCGGAUGGGGCCUCAACUGCUCCAUGUGGAUUGCGGAUCCCAUCAACUACAACCGCCUGAUGCCUCUUGGCACUGUGGGAGAAAUCCUGGUGGAUGGACCUGUUGUGGCUCGCGGCUAUUUGAACGACCCGACGACAACAGCCAAGGUGUUCCUUGACCGACCACAAUGGGCUCAAGGCUCAGGCAGUGGAAAAAUCUAUGCCACCGGAGAUCUUGGUGUGUAUGAGCCGGAUGGUAGUAUCCGUGUGCUGGGCCGCCGCGAUAUGCAAGUCAAGCUCAACGGUCAGCGCGUGGAUCUGGGUGAGAUUGAUUAUCAACUGGUGAGAGUGCUGCCUAUGGGAACCAAGGUGGCCACAGAGCUUGUCAGACCACAAGGUCGCGAGCGUCCGCUAUUGGUCGUGUUUGUCGCCAUUCCCGAUGCCAACGCGGCCACCGUGAGCACUCGCUUGAUGCACUCAUUGGAGGCUCGUGAACGUCUUGAAGAACUCGUCGCCGGCAUCCAAAAGGAGCUCAGCGCGGUCUUGCCCGAGUUCAUGGUCCCACAAUUCUAUCUACCAGUCAACAAAAUCCCGGCUUCCAGCAACCUGAAGAUCGAUCAUAAGGACCUUCAAAGCCUCUGUGUACGGCUUACCAUGGAGGAACUGUCCCGACUCGCCGUCAACCCGGGCCGUGGUGAGGUGCAUGAGCCUACCACGGAGUCGGCGUUGCGGUUGCGAGACCUUUGGGCCGAAAUUCUUGGUGUCAACGCCAGCCAUAUUUCUGCAGGCGACACCUUCUCCGGCUUUGGAGGAGACUCCAUGGCAGCUGUUCGUCUGGUGUCUUUGGCUCGAUCCAAAGGCCUCAGCUUGACAGUUGCCGACAUCCUUCAGCACCAGCAGUUGGAUGAGAUGUCUACGCACAUGUCUGAUCUCAACGCGUCCGAGCGUGCCGAAAUUCCCCCAUAUGCGCUCAUGGAAGGCGAAGACGUCGAGGCUAUCAAGCUCGCACUGGCACAGAAGUGCGGUCUGGAUGUGGACACGAUCGAAGACUUGUAUCCCGCCACGCCAGCGCAGAUUGGUUUCCUCAAAGUUUCUGCGCAGAGACCCGGUGUGACCUCGCUGCUCACUGCAUUCCAGAUUCCCGAUCACGUUGACAUCGAGAAGCUCAAGGCUUCUUGGGACUAUGUGGUGGAAUCCCAUGCCAUUCUUCGGACUCGUGUCGUCCAAUUCACUGAUGGCCGCUGGUUCCAAAUCGUCGAGAAAGAGGAGACGUCGCCCUGGAGAGAGGCCAAGAGCCUCCGCGAGUACUAUGCCAUGGAGGAUGCCGAGCCGCUUGGAGAAUGCACACCACUGACUCGUGUCGGUAUUAUCUCGGACAACGAGACUGGCAACAAGUACUUCUGUACGACGGCUUGUCACUCGACUUAUGACGCCUGGGCUUACGCCUUGCUCUGGGCCAGUCUUGAGAAGGCCUACGCCGAAGGCCGCCCGACAUUUGACCAAGUGCCGUACAACCGAUUCAUCCGAUACAUGCAAAAUAUGGAUCGGGCUGCUUCAGACGCUUUCUGGCUUGAGCAGUUUGCCGGCUACAAGCCUCCCCCAUUGCUCGGAAACCCCAAUGGACGAACAGUGGAGGCGAACGCCAUCUGCGACUUGGAGGUUCACUUGCCGCGGUCAAAGAUACGCACAAACAUCUCGAUGCCUACGGCAAUCUACGCCUCGUGGGGUCUCGCCCUUUGCCAACUGACAGGCGCAUCGGAUGUGACCAUUCAAUUGACACUCAGCGGCCGCAAUGCGCCAGUGGUCGACAUCGAGCGGAUCAUGGGCCCCAUUCUGACCACGGUGCCGCUGCGGAUCAAGGUUGACCCGCUAAAGAGCGCCCGCUGGUUCCUGCUCAACCUAGAGUCCCAAUGUCGCAGCAUGAUCGCUCACGAACAGUGCGAUCUGCAGAGGCUGCGCACGCUCUCGCCCGAGCUUCAAGCCGCGAUCGAUCAAAGUUUCGGUCUCACCGUCAACCCGUACAAUCACCACAAAGCCGGCGUGGGCAGCGGCAUCGGUUUGAUCCGACCACUUCGAAUCCCUAUGGCACAGAGUCCCAAUCCGUUCUUCUUGGACUGUGCCAUCACCGACUAUGGAGUCGAUGCUUUCGCUCUCAUCGACGACAGAAUCGUCGAUCGAGAUCUCUGCCGCACAUUCUUUGCCCACUUUGAAAGCAAUCUGCGUCGCUUCACCACCGGCAACGACGAGACUCUGAUCAAGGAUUUCCGCCUCGAUGACAAAUUGUUGGCUGAGGGGGCCCAGGUCAUUCACUUUGCUCCCAUUGGUUCAGGACUGGGUUAUGACCCCGUCACCAAGUCGACUAUUGAUGUCGAGAUCGCCUUUUCUAAAGGUGGUAUCCUCGAGCAAGGCUUUGAAGUGCAUGAUGCACGUGGUACCAGAGGUGCCAUCAAGAGUGAACAUGCACAGUAUUUGAGAAAAUGAAGAUGGAAAAAAAGGGCGAUUUGAUGUUUGGAAAAAAGCUUUCGUGUGUGAGUUGCGAAUGAAUUCCGGCGUUGCGGGUGGGUUUUGGGAGGUUGUUUGAUUUUGGGCAACGGCAUGGGGGUGCGAACAAAUUUGGUCUGGUUUUAUGCGGUAGAUUUGUUACUAGAUAAUUAUUUCCUAGUGUUUAUGUGUUGGUCUAGCAAAAUUGGAUAUUAAAUUUAUAUAUAUGUUGAACUUGAGCAAUCCAAACUCAUGGACUACCAGCCC